AACUUAAGUUUUGGGAAAAAAAACUUUGUAUUACAAAUCUUUAUAUUACUUGGCUUUCUAUUAAUGCAAUACAAUGAAAAACCGCCAUCUAUGAUCUCCCUGUGGCAGAAAUUAUUGGCAGUUUAGCGUUUAGUAAGUAAUUUACACCAAAACAAAAGAUAACAUCUAUCCUUUCAUGUCCGAAAACAUUAUUUUUGUCUUAGGUUUCAUAAUAAAUUCAGACAAGCUCAGUACUGACUUGUUUUUCGUCAGUUUAUUUUCAUGAAAUGGAAUGGGUACAAAGGAUUGUGGGUGAUUGAAGGUCGCGGAGGAUACAUCCCAUGCAUCCUUCAAAUUCAGCUGAAAGAAGGACGCGAAACGAAGGCUGUCUUCCAAGGAUCCUUCCGAUUGAGAUGGCCUUCAGCGACGUUUGAUGGCGUGGCAGCCGAGAUAUGCAACCUUUGCAGGAUGCAGCCUUCCGUUUGAGAAACACCCAUAGUGUCCACGAUGUCACCUGUAGGUUUCUGAAAAGCAUUUUUUGAAGCCCAAAGAGGGCGGUGCCGACUGUCGCCAUCUUUGGCAGCACAUCACUCCCAAAAAAUUAAUUAUGCAGAACUUUAAGGCUUAAUAUAAUUUAAAUGGAUGGGUUAUACAAAAUUCAUAUUUUCUCUGCUGUAAAGUUGUGGGAUUGACUUUAGAGAUUGUCUCUAGUGGCAGCCUGGUCUCAUGUUUAUACGUAAGGCAUCUGUGCUUCUUCCUUAUCCUGAGCUUUCAUUUGGUGUUUGCUGGUGUGCCAGGUCCAUGUAAGCACUCUGUCACCCAGGACCAUCUCUUGAAUUUAAGACGUCUGAUGAAGAACCAGUUGCAAAAUGGUUGUUCAAUAACCUAUACCUUCACUGAGCGCCAGAACCUGAGUGUUGUGUGUUAUGUUAAAGCAGCAUUACCUCACAUACUGGAGCUACUCAACACCCAAUUCAAAUAUGCUAAGGACUCGGACAAUUACCGUUAUACUAAUUCACUGAAGAAUUUGAUUUACAACAUUUACUCCCAGAGAUGCAUCCCUCCAAUCAAUGAGGAGAUUGAAGAUAGCCCAAAGAAGUUCAUAAGAACCCACAUGACUUUGCCCAGGGCAGCUUUGGAGAAAGCUGAGGAAGUGAUUCGCAUGUAUAUGGGUCUGAUGAUUCAGAGCGACAAGCCUGUGGACUGGAAUUGUGAGGAGGAGUAUACAGAAGAUUACCCAGAAUCCACCACUGAACCUCUCAGCCAAACAGCAGGUGCCCCCAAUUGCCCCUGCAUUUGUCCAACGGAGAGCAUCGGAUCAUCUAAGUCAACUACAUCCACAAGCCAUUGGAAUAUUUACCCGGAAUCUACUCCAUCCCCACAAAGAUCAUCCUUUUCACCUGUGGAAACCUUGCAGGGUGGUAAUGAGAGAACUAAACAAUUCAAAUCUGCUGUCCCAGUAACCAAACUGCAAACACUAGAUCUAGGAACACCUGCCACGUGGAGAUCAGAAGGAGAUUUAUCCAAAAUCCUCUUUGGUAGCACUCCAGCUUUUCAUGAAGAAACUUCAAAUUCAGAGAUGAACCAUGUGCCAUCAGAUCUUUUCCCUUCAUUUACAAAUUUUCAGGAUGUAUUUCCAAGCAGAACUGACUCAAGUGUUGAGACAACCACCUCUGGCCCCUAUCAAAAAAUCACAAGAGAUAGCACGCAGGACGAUGUGGAGAAGAGCACGCCGCUUUUAAUUGCCAAGAGGUCUUUAGAUUCCAAAAGCCAAGAAGGACCAUCCAGUUCCUAUGUAAAAUUAUCACAGAACUCAGUUACUACAACAUCUGAGCCAGCAUACAAAGAGAUAAAGAACACAGAGAUAAAAAACAAGCCUUUCCAAAUGCUUCAACUGAGUAAACACAUUGUACCAGUCACAACCACAGUUCUGUCUUCUUUGAAAGCAGCUGCACAUUCAUCAGAAGGCCUGAGUGCCCUUGUUGAACAGCCAGGUCAUUUAGACAGCCUUCCUGAAAAUUUCCAAACACACAUCCAAAGUCCAGUGAGGGUGCCAAAGGAUUUCAUGAAAACCACCCAUGAGGCGAAGCUCAGCAAAGACAGCAGAUCCCAGGAGGAUAGGCAGGAGAUGAAGGACCAGACCCAUCCAGACAGAGAGACACAGAGGAACCCUGCCACAGAACGAUCCAGCAGUACAGUCAUCUCUUUUGGCACCGUGCUCAUAAUUACAUUAGGGUGUGGUGGACUUCUGCUCAUAACUGUCCUGUUUUACAGACAGCAAAAAGUACGUGACACUCAAGCUCUGCUGAGAAGACCCGCUUAGAAUGGCAUCUAGGUCAGUGCAGGUCUGGAGAGAAACAUGCUGUGACCAGUAGCUAAAACAUAUGCUGGUGACUAGCUCUGGUGGUCUUUUCAGCAGGGUGUCUAAACAUUAAAAUCAACAUUCUUUGAGGUCUCCAAUAUGAGCUGAGGAAUUAAUUAUUUAUUCCAAGCAAACAAUAAAUUGGGAGACAAAAUAUCAGCAGGUUGCUUUUUCUCAACUAGGAUACUAGUACUACAACGGGAAAUUACUGAUCUGGCAGAUUGUCCAUUGGAAAAUAUGAAAAUAUUUUCAGCAUUCUUGCACAAACUAGAUUUGACAGAUGUAUCUUCUCUUUGCACAUUUUGAUUCGGCAAACCAUGAAAUGCUGAAUGGAAAAAUAUCAAUAAUUCGUAAAAAAGAGAAGAGAGUUUAAGAUUGUACUCAUCUUCAAAUGCAAAUAUAUAUGAAGUGUAAAUAAAUAAAUGAAUAUAUACUGUAUAUACAGGGCAGGUUGAACGAAGCCGCAUUCUAAGUGCCGUCUUUAUGUCAGAAGCAAAUAAUUAAUCUAAUGAUUUGCUUGGCUUAUAUUGUUAAAAGGAAUCUAAUAACUAUAUAUUUUGUUCAGUACCAAUAAACAAAUGAGUAAAACAGGUGGGGUGCUUUGUGGAACGCUUGAGAACAGUCAACCUGA